AUGAUGGGCUCCGUGCUCCCGGCUGAGGCCCUGGUGCUCAAGACAGGGCUGAAGGCGCCGGGGCUGGCGCUGGCAGAGGUCAUCACCUCCGACAUCCUGCACAGCUUCCUGUACGGCCGCUGGCGCAAUGUGCUGGGCGAGCAGCUCUUCGAAGACAAGAGCCACCACGCCAGCCCCAAGACAGCCUUCACCGCCGAGGUCCUGGCGCAGUCCUUCUCGGGCGAGGUUCAGAAGCUGUCCAGCCUGGUGCUGCCGGCCGAGGUGAUCAUCGCGCAGAGCUCCAUCCCCGGCGAGGGCCUCGGCAUCUUCUCCAAGACGUGGAUCAAGGCGGGCACCGAGAUGGGCCCCUUCACCGGCCGCGUCAUCGCCCCGGAGCACGUGGACAUAUGCAAGAACAACAACCUCAUGUGGGAGGUGUUCAACGAGGAUGGCACGGUGCGCUACUUCAUCGACGCCAGCCAGGAGGACCACCGAAGCUGGAUGACCUACAUCAAAUGUGCACGUAAUGAACAGGAGCAGAACCUGGAGGUGGUCCAGAUUGGCACCAGCAUCUUCUACAAAGCCAUUGAGAUGAUCCCUCCAGACCAGGAGCUGCUGGUGUGGUAUGGAAACUCACACAACACUUUCCUGGGGAUCCCUGGUGUGCCCGGGCUGGAGGAGGAGCAGAAAAAGAACAAGCAUGAGGACUUCCACCCGGCGGACCCGGCGGCGGGCACCUCGGGCCGCAUGCGCUGCGUCAUCUGCCACCGCGGCUUCAACUCGCGCAGCAACCUGCGCUCGCACAUGCGCAUCCACACGCUGGACAAGCCCUUCGUGUGCCGCUUCUGCAACCGCCGCUUCAGCCAGUCGUCCACGCUGCGCAACCACGUGCGCCUGCACACGGGCGAGCGCCCCUACAAGUGCCAGGUGUGCCAGAGCGCCUACUCGCAGCUGGCCGGCCUGCGCGCCCACCAGAAGAGCGCGCGCCACCGGCCGCCCAGCGCCGCUCUGCAGGCCCACUCGCCCGCGCUGCCCGCGCCGCACGCGCACGCGCCCGCGCUCGCCGCCGCCGCCGCCGCCGCCGCCGCCGCGCACCACCUGCCGGCCAUGGUGCUGUGA